AUGAACUCCUCUCGUGUUGUGACUGAGUUCAUAAUCGUUGGAAUGUCAGGCUGGAAGGACAAACAGACAGUCUUCUUUCUUAUUUUCCUACUUGCUUAUGCAGCCAUCCUGGGGGGCAACAGCAUGAUCAUAUACUUGGUACGUACAGACUCCCGGCUGAGCUCCCCGAUGUAUUUUUUCCUCCACAAUCUGUCCUUUGUGGACAUCAUCUACACAAGCAUAACCAUGCCCAACAUGCUCUCUGGCUUUCUGACGGAGAUUAAAACUAUCUCAGUCAGUGGUUGUUUUGCCCAGAUGUAUGUCUUCCUCUCCAUGGCAGUGGUUGGAAGGGCCCUGCUGACCGUCAUGGCAUUCGACCGCUACGUGGCUGUCUGCAUCCCUCUGCGUUACACAGCCAUCAUGACCCCGAGACUGCAGCACCAACUGAUUGCUGGGGCUUGGUUGUUUGGGGCAACAAUUGCGGUGCCAAGCUUUGUGAUGGCUGUCCGCCUGCCCUUCUGUGGGCCCAAUCGGGUGGAGCAUUGCUUCUGUGACCACUCCUCCGUGGUGCGGCUGGCAUGCGCCGACACCUCAAUGAACAGUGCAGUGGCGCUGGCCGGUGCACUUGUUGCUCUCCUCACCACAUUGGCACUGAUCCUGUCCUCCUAUGUGGCCAUCGGCAUCUCCAUUGCCCGCGCAGGAUCAGCAGAGGGCCGGUGGAAAGCCUUCGGCACCUGUGUGGCCCACCUGACAGUGGUGUCAAUAUCCUACACGUCUGCAUCCUUUGUCUACAUUUCUUACAGGGUGGGCAACUUCUCCUCAGAUGUACGCAUCAUUGUGGCCAUUCUCUACUCUGCGCUGACCCCCUUGCUGAAUCCCCUGAUCUUCAGUCUGAGGAAUAAGGAGCUGAGGGAUGCAGCAAAGAGAGCUUUCUGUAAGCACGCAGUUAUUUUGCCGCAGAAGAAGGCCAUGGUUUUUAACUUGAGCAAAGCUUUAAAGCAGCCAGAGUAA